CACUGCAGUGGAGUGAUGGCUAAUUUCACCAGCUGGGGAUCUGGGGUCAGUGAUUUCAAUGGAGUUGUCCCAAUUCACACCAGCCCGGGAUCUGGCCCCACUCUCUCUACAUGGAACUGACCCCAGUCCAGCACCUGCCUCCAUGUGUUUGUCAAGUGCUUUGGGAUCCUUCAGAUGCAAAUCCCUGUAGAGAAACCAGGGCAGUCCUAGUACUGUCAGCUCGAACCGACCCUGCUGUGCCGGGCUGUGGCUGGGCAGAUAAACACCGACACAAGCCAGCCAGAGUAACCCGACAAUUCUCUCCACAGGCAAACCUCGAACCCAGACCCCACGGGACGGGACGCCAGUGAAAAGAAACAGAACAAGGACGAUUCAGUGACCUGGAGUUGAUUUGGUCAGCGCCUGCUAAGGCCUGGUUGACCCUGGGGAUAAAAGCCGUGUCAAGGGAAGCUUUGAAACAGUUCAUUCGAACACAACCCAGACCCAGCCUGGCUGGUCGGGGUAUUCGGACAAAACUCACCAUCAAAUUAUAUUUGAAAGGAGUUUUUCCUGAUCACCCCACGUAGCCAAACCGCGCCUGAGCUGUAAUCCAGUGAGCUGCUUUGAAACUGUCCUUACGAAGGGCUCUGCCGGCACCGCCAGACCCACUGUGAACAGGCCUCAGUUACCGGUGGCUGCAGAACGGUGGUUCAGGUGAACAAGUCGCCCGUUUUGGAGUCCAUGAGUCUUUCAGAGAGAGAAGAGAUGUGGAACGAGUCAUCUCCUGCUGAGAAGAUGAAGCCAGAUCCACACCUGGGUUCCCAGGAAACCCCAUUGAAACACAACGGAACAACUCAUGUGCCCAUCCCCCCACAGGGUGGAGAGAGCUGCACAAUCUGCCCUACAGGUUUGCUGUCUGGGUUGGAACCACGGGCACGUCGCUGGGCAGUUCCGAGUGUGGGUCUCAAUCUCAUACUGAGCAUCACCAUCCUCAUCCUCAUGGCACUGUCAGCAAAGAAAUCUGAGCCGUGUCCAGCUGGUGCUGCCUGCCCAGUGGCCGCCUGCCCAGUGGCCACCUGCCCAGACGGCUGGGUCGGGUACCUGGGGAAGUGUUACUAUUUCUCAGAGGCCGAAGGGAACUGGACCUACAGCCAGAGCCACUGCUCUGCCCUCGGCGCCUCCCUGGCCGUGAUUGACACCCAGCAGGAAAUGGAUUUCCUGCUGCGCCAUAAAGGACGCCUUGACCACUGGAUCGGCCUCCAGAGGGAACAGGACCAACCCUGGAUGUGGACCAAUGGCACUGAAUUCAACAAGUGGUUUCCAAUAGUGGGAGGAGGCCUGUGUGCUUUUGCGAACAAUGCCAAUAUUGCCAGUUCAGGCUGCUGGAGGAACGCACGCUGGAUCUGCAGCAAACCAGUGGAGAAACCAGAAGGCCGAGCAAAGUGACUGUAACCUGGAUGAGUCGGGCCUUCUCCUUUCCAUGGGGCUGUCCCAAGCUGCCUCAGCACGUGGGGAACUGGGUGGGGCUGACGAAGGGGGACAGCCCCAGCAGCAAGGAAGAGACACGCUUGCUGAAGGACAUCUGAUAGCUCCUCCCCUUGGAGCCUCUGGCACCCAUUGGCCCAUCUGGGGACUGGGGUGAGGGUGCGGAUUAGCCAGCAGCCCCCAGCUCACUCUGUGGCACAGAGAAGGGAUCUUUUGACUUGGAAAUCAGAAGGGGAGCAGCCAAGCCUGCUGUGUCCCUUUGUCAGAGGCCCAGGGCAGGAGCCUGGCCCGGGCUGUGGCUAGAGGACAAUGUACCGGCUGGGGCCAGGGGGAGGUGCUGUGAACCCUGCAGCCAUGGGGCUAAGGGGCUGGUGUGAACCCUGCAGCUUGGGGGAAGGACGCAUGAACUCUGCUGUACAGCGAGACGGGCUGUUGUGCAGGCCCUGCUGAGCGCUGGGGGAGCGUGAAGAGAUGCCACAGACAGGAGGGGAUUACUGGGACGUGCUAGGACAGACGUGUGUGUGUGGAAUUAUUUGUCUGAUAAUACACCAGCUCCCAGAACAGAAACUUUUAUUUUGUAAACUUAAGUCCUCAUGUGACUGGCUCCUCCCAACCGAGCAGGGAAACUGAGGCAGCAGCUGCAUCCUCCCACCAGGGCUUUGAGCGCCCCUCCCCACAAGGACUAAUGUGCUGAGAACAAUGUAUGUGUGUCUCUUUUUCUGUCAUCCUCCCUGUCUACCCCUCUGCCUGCCGGGGAAGGGCUCCCCCAGAAUGAAGGAAAACUCUGCCCACCGCGGGGUGCUGCCCUCACUGGGCUUUUCUCUGAGCUCUGCCUGUAAAGGGCCAGGCUCCACACUGGUGUCUCUGCCCUGGGGAAGAACGAGUCUGUCACGAGCCCACUGGAGUGUGGGUGAGAGAUCACAGAGCCGGGCUGUUCUCUCUCUGGCCAGGCGCAAUCCCCAGGAACAAUUCCUGACGGACAAACUGCGAACAGUGACACCCACGCACCCUAACCCCUGUGCUAAGCGUCAGGAAGAUAAAAAAACUAUUUGUAUCACAUCAGCAGUUAGAGGCUCCAACUGAGAUCAGGGCCCCGUUGUGCCGGGCGCUGCACAGACACACAGCGAGAGACAGUCCCUGCCCCAGCUGAAAUCAGGGCCCCGUUGUGCCGGGCGCUGCACAGACACACACGGAGAGAUGGUCCUUGCCCCAAGCAGUUCACAGACAAAGGCUGGGAGAGGAAACAAGCACAGAGAGUGUAAGUGACUUGUGGAAAGUCACAGAACAGGCCAGAGACAGGAAUAAACCCAGGUGCCCUGAAUCCCAAACCAGGGUUCUAUCCGCUGUGUGGCCCAUCAACAAUAAACACACUGAGCUUUUGCACAGU